AUAUAUAUAUAUAUAUAUAUAUCCACUCAAUGUGUGUGUGUAUAUGUAUGUAUUGACAUCCUUAUAGAUUAUUUAAUUAAAGCUCUGAGCUCUCCUGCCAUCCAGUAGAAAAUCAGCAGGGAUACAAGUGGUGAAUGGUAUGAUGCAUCUACCUAUCUCAAGAUGUAAACUAUGUAAACUAUGUAAAUAUACUUUUGUAUGACAAUGCCACAUGCAUGUGUUAACAGAGUUCAACAAAAUGAAGGAAUGGAGUGUAUUUUUAUAUGAGAGCAACAGAGGGCGCUGUUGUCAAAUAUGUCAAUCUUACCACGCCAUUUAUGUUUCAGUGUGUAAAUACACAAGUGGUAACUUUGAAUGAAACCACAUUUUAAUGAACGUCUUUGUUUAUGUACAUUGGUUGCACUUUCUAUAUAUGACUGUAAAAUAUGUUUUUGCUUGUUAAUGAAAAUGUUUUGCACUGUAUAAAAUCCUCCAGGGCUGAGGACAUAUAUAACUGUUUGAAUUAUUCAAAGACGAAUAAGCAAGGUACUUAAAGAUCUCUAAGGAGAGUGGAAUUUGUUUUAUUUUUAAUUAAUUCACAUAACAAAUACACCAACGCAAUGUUUUAUGUAUUCAUGAUAAUAUAAAUGAUAUUUUGAAAUCUAGAUUCGUGCUUGUUUUUUGUUUUUGUUAAUUUUUUUUCAAGCGACUUUCCCCACCAGCAAUAAAUGAACCGAGCGAUCUGAUUGGUUGCCAAUGUUCGAGUGUACUCGCUUGUUAUUGGUCAGUAGGUGUGGUCAGACUUCCGCACCGCUGCUCCAAAGAAAAAUGAAACUGUCAAGUCAAAGUUAACGGUCGUCGUCAUCCGUGCGCUAGUCAGGACACACAAUGUGGGUGAGCCAUGACUGGACAGGUGCCCUGGGAUAACACAAGCCGAGUGUUCAGCAUGGAGCCGACAGCUGGCUGCUCCCCAACUGUCCCGGAGCACGAAUUGUACCGCAGUGUCCAAGCGGUUUUGCCAAGAGAAACCGACAACCUGCAUUCUCCCGACUGUCUCAACAAAGGCAUGCUGAGAUGGACUCUUCACAAGAAGGUUCAGGACAACCCGGCCAACAGCGUGUCUCUGCUUUGGGUUCUGAUAAAAGAGCUGGAAAAGGCGGAGAGGUGGGACAAUCGUGAUUACAUCAUGCCUCUGCUCCACACACUCAUGUAUGCCAUCAUUCAGACAGCGUACAUCCCAGAUGAGCUCUACAAACGUGUUUAUGACGUCUGUAAGCAACUGCUGACCUACCCUCAGCCCUACUGCACCGUCGGCCUUAGCUACACCAGGCAGAUAAAAACUGAACGCUCCAUCCCAGGUCUACUCCAUCAGAGGAUGCUGGUCGCAGAACAAAGACUGAAUAAUGAACAUUAUCUCUUUCAGGAGAGGGUUUUUGUUCUGGCCGACCCAGAGGUCUUUACUGGCUCUGUGGCACAAGUUGUGAUGGAUGACAUUGAGGCAGCAAUGGCUUCUGCUUCAAGUCCGACAGCUCACAUGUGCAAUGUGGUCCAACAUUCCAUCCAGGCUGCUUUAGGAGAGCAGUGCCACGGACCCAAACUGACCAAGACCCUUAAGGAUAUGGAUGUCGAACCUUAUUUUCAGGAUGUGUUGGCGACUCUAGAGCAGUGUGUCAAAGAGGGCCACGGUGAGGUGGGGGAAACACUGAGGAGCCGUCUUCAGCAGCUUCAGAGUGAAAUUGUCACAGAUACGCCCUCAGAGCCUACUUCCGUUGGACCUCUUUCUGACUGCCCUCUUCCUAACCCUGAGAUGAGCUUCCACCUGUGGGCAGAGGAUCUGGAUAUCUGGCGAGAAGUGGCCAAGUGUCUCCGAUCCAGCUCCACAACGGAGAAUUUCUCCCUCAGCUCGGAUCACGAGGACCCCGAGCUGGGCGACUCGCCCGGCGAACUAAUGCCACAUGACCAGACUCGCUUCUCGGUCAUAUCCAACGACAGUGGCAUUGAAAGAGACCUACACCCCGGCGGCGAUACAUCGGCCAUGGCAUCGCUCGAUUCCACCAAUGUCAGCGCAUCGUGGGAAGCCUGCAAAAGCGAGCAAGAGUCGGUCAGGUUGUCCCGCCGUGGAGGCAUGAAGGUGAAACCGUCCGUGAAGGACAGCGUGGUGCUCAUGCAGGACACCCUGGAAGGUCACGCCAGUCUGUGGGCAGGAGGACUCGGGGGCAGGGAAGGAGGAAGGCAGGUCACGCUGCAAAGACAAGCAGGAAGCAGUGCGACUCAGAACCCUUUCCCCAAGCAGCAAAGACACUUUACGGCGAGGAUCGUGGUCAUGGGGGGGGAUAGUGUAGUGGGCCGCCUGGCUAAAGCCUACUACUGCUUAAGGAAAAGGGAAGCACGGAGACUUUUUCUUACCACAAAGGUCAACCUGCAGUUUUAUUACAUUCCCGUUGAUGCAGUGUCAACUGUCACCUCCUCUGGCAAGGAGAACCAUCUGUCCAAGCAGAGUUCCUGCACACUCGGAUCCUACCUGAGCAGAGUUGACUCGUGGUACAACUGCAACAUCUUCGGUUUGGGGUGCAUGAUCCCCAAACUGGCUAAAAUGCAACAAACAACGCCAGCAAAGCCCAAAGAGCCAUUUGUGUCUGACGUCAUUUCUUACUAUUUACGUAUGGGCCAGCAGCCGGUCUACUUCAACAUCUACUGCGCAAAGAUCACCUUUACAACCAUGACAAAAGAACCGGUGGAAGAUGUCUUCCUCACCCAUUUGGAUGUGGAUGUUCCUGAACUCCGACCCUCCAUGGCUCCGAUGAGAGAGAAGCAGAAGAAGAGCAUAGCAGAUGUAUGCGGGGCCCUUGUCUGCAUCAAUUACAAAAAAGUGAUACUCAGUGGUCGUGACGUCGACAGAGGGAUGCCAGUGAGGACAACUGGUGUUCACAUCAGUGCUAUGCCUUCCAAUGCAACAGAAGAUCUGAACUGUUUGUCACUUACCUGGAAGGAGGCGUCCGCAAAAGCUAAAAACAACAACACGGAGUCCAAAAUUCGGAGUAACAACAUCAGGAUUUGUUCGCUCGAGAGUCGAUCAUGGCUCCGAGUUACCAUAGACAGAGAUUCACAAAGGACCUACAACAAUGUGCAAAGCAUUGAAAUUGCACCCUGCCUCGACCCUGGAUACUGUGUCCAAAAAUACAUGAUGUCCAAAUUAAACCUCGGCGAGGACAAAGAGGCUGGACUGAGCAAGUACAUGAGCAAAGGACUUUCUCUACCUGUCAACACGUUUGCUGGCAUCAUCAGCUGACUUCUGCACAAGAACACCCUUAAGCCUGUGUGCCUCCACGCAAGCAAAACAUUCUGCAUGUAGAACUAUCUGAAGGCUUAAUGCAACAUCCAUCCAUUUUUUUCCGCUUAUUCCCUUUGGGGUCGCGGGGGGCGCUGGUGCCUAUUUUAGCUACAAUCUGGCAGAAGGCGGGGUACACCCUGGAUAAGUCGCCACCUCAUCGCAAGGCCAACACAGAUAGACGGACAACAUUCACACACUAGGGCCAAUUUUAGUGUGGCCAAUCAACCUAUCCCCAGGUGCAUGUCUUUGGAAGUGGGGAGGACAUGCAA